GAUAGAGCCUUUUCUCGGGGAUUGUGGGAAGUGUGAUGAAUCGUUGUUGUUAGCCUGUUAGCUGUCUGUCUUCUGCUGGUGCUGAGCUGGAGGCUGCAGGAUGUAUGCUGUGUACCGGCAGGCCCACCCGCCCACCGGCCUGGAGUUCUCCGUCUACUGCAACUUCAUCUCGAGCGAAGAGAAGAACCUGGUGGUGGCUGGAACGUCUCAGCUCUACGUCUACAGGAUCAUUCAUGAUUUCGAGAGCUCUUUGAAAACAGAGAAGCCAUCAGAUGGGAAGAGCCGUAAGGAGAAGCUGGAGCAGGUGGCGUCCUUCUCCCUCUUCGGUAAUGUGAUGUCUAUGGCCAGCGUUCAGCUCGUGGGCACCAACAGAGACGCUUUGCUUCUCAGCUUCAAAGACGCCAAGCUCUCGGUGGUGGAGUACGACCCGGGAACACAUGACCUGAAGACUCUUUCACUGCACUUCUUUGAAGAGCCUGAACUGAGGGACGGUUUUGUGCAGAAUGUUCAUAUCCCCAUCGUGCGCGUGGACCCGGAGAACCGCUGUGCGGUGAUGUUGGUGUACGGCACGCAGCUGGUGGUUCUGCCCUUCAGAAAGGACACGCUGACCGAUGAGCAGGAGGGAAUCGUGGGAGAGGGGCAGAAGUCCAGUUUUCUUCCCAGCUACAUCAUCGACGUGCGCGAGCUGGAUGAGAAGCUCCUGAACAUCAUUGAUAUGAAGUUCCUUCAUGGUUACUAUGAGCCGACUCUGCUGAUUCUGUAUGAGCCCAACCAGACGUGGCCGGGACGUGUGGCUGUUCGUCAGGACACAUGCAGCAUCGUGGCCAUCUCUCUGAACAUCAUGCAGAAGGUCCAUCCUGUUAUCUGGUCUCUCAGUAACCUCCCCUUCGACUGCACUCAGGUCAUGGCUGUGCCCAAACCCAUAGGUGGUGUGGUGGUGUUUGCAGUGAACUCCUUACUCUACCUUAACCAGAGCGUUCCUCCUUUUGGAGUGUCCCUCAACACCCAGACCAACGGAACCACAGCGUUCCCUCUCCGUGUUCAGGAGGAGGUCAAGCUGACCCUGGACUGCUCUCAGGCUGCCUUCAUCACCUCAGACAAAAUGGUCAUCUCUCUCAAAGGAGGAGAAAUUUAUGUAUUGACCCUCAUAACGGAUGGAAUGAGGAGUGUGCGGGCGUUCCACUUCGACAAGGCUGCUGCCAGCGUCCUGACCACAUGCAUGGUUACCAUGGAGCCGGGCUAUAUGUUUCUGGGCUCCAGGCUGGGAAACUCUCUACUGCUGAAAUACACAGAGAAACUGCAGGAGACGCCCAUGGAGGAGGGCAAAGACAAGGAGAAGGAGAAAGAGAAAGAGAAGCAGGAAGAACCACCAAAUAAAAAGAAACGAGUGGACUCCACUGCUAAUUGGGCUGCAGGAAAGGCGUCCAUGCCGGAUGAACUGGAUGAGAUUGAGGUCUAUGGAAGCGAAGCUCAGUCGGGCACUCAGCUGGCCACCUACUCGUUCGAGGUUUGUGACAGUAUUCUGAACAUCGGUCCCUGUGUCAGCGCCUCUAUGGGUGAGCCGGCCUUCCUUUCAGAAGAGUUCCAGAGUAAUCCUGAACCGGACCUGGAGGUGGUGGUGUGUUCUGGUUAUGGCAAGAAUGGAGCCCUGUCUGUGCUUCAGAGGAGCAUCAGGCCACAGGUGGUCACAACCUUCGAACUGCCCGGGUGUCACGACAUGUGGACCGUCGUAUCCAGUGAGGAGAAGCCAGAGAAGAAGCCUCCAGCAGAGGGCGAGGGUGAGGAUGCUGAGGAGGAGAAGCAGGAGCCCACAGUGGAGGACGAGAAGAACAAGCAUGGCUUUCUCAUCCUGAGCAGAGAGGACUCCACUAUGAUCCUGCAGACCGGUCAGGAGAUAAUGGAGCUGGAUACGAGUGGGUUCGCCACCCAGGGACCCACUGUUUACGCCGGGAACAUCGGAGAAAACAAGUACAUCAUCCAGGUGUCUCCCAUGGGCAUCAGACUGCUGGAGGGGGUGACUCAAGUCCACUUCAUCCCAGUAGACCUCGGUUCACCCAUUGUUCAGUGCUCCGUGGCUGACCCCUACGUGGUCAUCAUGACGGCCGAAGGAGUGGUCACCAUGUUCGUUCUGAAGAGUGACACGUACAUGGGGAAGAGCCACCGGCUGGCAUUGCAGAAACCGCAGCUCCACACGCAAUCACGAGUGAUCACGUUGUCUGCGUAUCGCGACGUGAGUGGGAUGUUCACCACUGAAAACAAGAUCAACUUCCUGGUUAAAGAGGAAACGAUGGCCAGGAGCCAGACAGAGACAGAGACGGUCAUCCAGGACAUCAGUAAUACAGUGGAUGACGAGGAGGAGAUGCUGUAUGGAGACUCGAACCCUCUGAACAGCCCAAGUAAAAACGAGACCACCCGGGGGACCCCUGCAGCAUCCGCUUCAGUGCAGCUAGAGCGGCCGGGUGGUCAGGGGAAACAGGAGCCCACCCACUGGUGCAUGUUGGUCCGGGAGAACGGCGUUAUGGAGAUCUAUCAACUCCCGGACUGGCGUUUGGUUUUCCUGGUGAAAAACUUCCCUGUUGGUCAGCGAGUGCUUGUCGACAGCUCAGCGGGUCAGUCAGCCGCUCAAGGAGAGACGAAAAAAGAGGAAGUGACCCGGCAAGGAGAGAUCCCGCUGGUUAAAGAGGUCACUUUAGUGUCUUUAGGCUAUAACCACAGUCGUCCGUACCUGCUGGCUCACGUUGAUCAGGAGCUUCUGAUCUAUGAGGCGUUUCCAUAUGACCAGCAGCAGGCGCAGAGCAACCUCAAAGUGCGCUUCAAAAAGAUGCCACACAACAUUAACUUCAGAGAGAAGAAGUCGAAACUGAAGAAAGACAAAAAGUCAGAGGCCCUCGGAGAAGAUUCCUUAGGAGCCAAAGGUCGCGUGGCCAGGUUCAGAUACUUUGAGGACAUCUCUGGAUAUUCUGGAGUGUUCAUCUGUGGUCCUUCUCCUCACUGGAUGUUUGUGACGUCUCGCGGAGCGAUGAGGCUUCACCCCAUGACUAUAGACGGGUCCAUUGAGUCCUUCUCCCCAUUCCACAAUGUCAACUGUCCUAAAGGCUUCCUCUACUUCAACAAACAGGGUGAACUGAGGAUAAGUGUGUUACCUACAUACCUCUCCUACGAUGCCCCUUGGCCAGUCCGGAAGAUUCCACUUAGAUGUACAGUCCACCAUGUGACCUACCAUGUGGAGUCAAAGGUCUAUGCUGUGUGUAGCAGCAUUAAGGAGCCUUGCACCCGUAUCCCCAGGAUGACGGGAGAGGAGAAGGAGUUUGAGGUGAUAGAGAGAGAUGAGCGCUACAUUUUCCCUCAGCAGGAGAAAUUCUCCAUUCAGCUCAUCUCUCCAGUCAGCUGGGAGGCCAUCCCCAACACACGGAUUGAUCUGGAGGAGUGGGAGCACGUGACUUGUAUGAAGACGGUGGCCCUGAAGAGUCAGGAGACGGUGUCGGGUCUGAAGGGCUAUGUGGCAGUGGCAACCUGUUUAAUGCAGGGAGAGGAGGUCACCUGCAGGGGCAGAAUCCUGAUUCUGGACGUGAUCGAAGUGGUCCCAGAGCCAGGGCAGCCCCUCACCAAGAACAAGUUUAAAGUGCUGUAUGAGAAGGAGCAGAAGGGACCGGUUACUGCGCUGUGCCACUGCAACGGCUACCUGGUGUCUGCCAUCGGACAGAAGAUCUUCCUGUGGAGUCUGAAGGACAACGACCUGACUGGCAUGGCCUUCAUAGACACACAGCUCUACAUCCAUCAGAUGUACAGCAUUAAGAACUUCAUCCUGGCGGCUGACGUGAUGAAGAGUAUCUCCCUGCUGCGCUAUCAGGAGGAGAGCAAGACUCUGUCUCUCGUCAGCAGGGAUGCGAGGCCACUGGAGGUUUACAGUAUAGAGUUCAUGGUGGACAACAACCAGCUUGGCUUUCUGGUUUCUGACCGAGACAAAAACCUGAUGGUGUACAUGUACCUCCCGGAAGCUAAGGAGAGUUUUGGUGGGAUGCGUUUGCUGCGGAGGGCAGACUUCAAUGUUGGUACCCAUGUGAACACGUUCUGGAGGAUGCCCUGCCGGGGGAUUCUGGACCCCAGCAGCAAGAAGGCUCUCACCUGGGACAAUAAACACAUCACCUGGUUUGCCACUCUGGAUGGAGGGGUUGGUCUGCUGUUGCCCAUGCAGGAGAAGACGUACCGCAGGCUGCUGAUGUUACAGAACGCCCUGACCACCAUGCUGCCGCACCACGCUGGCCUCAACCCCAAAGCCUUCAGAAUGCUGCACACUGACCGGCGGACGCUGCAGAACGCGGUGAGGAAUAUUCUGGACGGAGAGCUGCUGAAUAAAUACCUCUACCUGAGCACCAUGGAGCGCAGCGAACUGGCCAAGAAGAUCGGCACCACCUCCGACAUCAUUUUGGAGGAUCUGCUGGAGAUCGACCGAGUCACCGCUCACUUCUGAGAACCCUGUUCACUCUCCAUGACCUCACCAGCUCACGACCACCAGCGCUCCCAUCACACGGACUGAAUGUUUUUAAUUCCACUUUUUUUUGGGAAUGUUUUGUGUUGAUGGCAUUACAGGAUCGUGUUCCGUAGGAAUUAGAAUAUUUUAUAUGGCAAAUAAAGUUUUCAUAAUUUAAA